AUGGAACUUUUAUCCGAUGUUCCCGCAAAUCAUGCAGAGAAUUGCCUUACUCUCCAAGAAGUAAGCGCCGUCCUAACCGUGAUGGUUGCUCGAACAUCCGAUCGGCCGUUCCGGGACCACCCGAUCCAUCCAUUAUUGGUUCUUUCAUACACUGGACAGAAACAUGGAAGAAUAAUUCAAGCUUCAUUACAUGGAGAAAGCUUGCUUUUGCAAUAUUCUCAGCUAUGGAGUUUUGCGGAUGACGAAACGGCACCAGUUGAACUUUUCGUUCGUUAUGAUAUGAGCCAGCCAGUUCCGAUAGCCUUAGAAGAGCCGAAUCCUAUUAUUGGCUCUCUUGUCGGCCCUGUUACGUCUAUGAGCUUGAAUUAG